GACCCCGCAAAAAUGGUCAGUCAACAAAUGCCAUGAGCAUGAUAAUGAAAUCUAUCCAGCUAUCUAAUAAUAAUCCUCACAAUCUGCACAAUCUCAUUAUCUCCCCAUCACUAUCUUAUCAACAACCCGUCAACCCUCAACAAUUCCCAAGUUGAUCAAGCCAUCAAUACCUUUUUCAACAGUUAUUGCGCUACGCUACAUCACAUACACCAAUAGCAUCAACGUCGUCCAAAUUGCAAUGUCCAAAUCAUCAAACCCAGGCGAUCUUGACAAAACCCCCAAAGAUAAGCAAUCGGAUUCCGACAAUCCAUUCAUUCGUUUCAGACACUUCGCCGAUGAACAGAUAGGUGCAGUCCUACAAGGGUUCGUCGGUCUGCCAUCAGCAUUUUCAAAACCGCAAAGUGGUUCGCAAUGGUCCGUAUUCGAUGAGGAUUUAAAGAGAAGAGAUGCGCUACAAGCGAGACGGAGGGAAUUGAAGGAGGCCGAAGAAGCAAGAAGUGAGAAUAGAACAGUGUCGGAGGAUGAAGAAGUCCAAAUACCUGUGAAGAAGUCACAAAGUUCACACGGCGAAGGAGAUUUCGUUCACUUCUUACAUGACCAAUGGACGAAUGUUUUCGGGUCUGCCGACAUUCCGCUAUAUUCACCUUUACAUUCUCCCUUGGCCAACCCUUUCUCCGGAAAUCUCAGACAUACCAUGAGUUCUUUUGCCGCGAUGAUGUUAUACAAAGCCGAUCCUGAUGAUAUCUCACUAGUGCCCUAUCUUCUGGGGUCGCCGUAUUCACCUCUGAUUUUAUCUUUUGGUCAAUCUAUCUAUGCCCAUCACCAGUUCUACGACGCGCAACUCAGAGGUACCAGAACGUAUAAUAGGCCUCGUGGGGCCACUCCCCGGGAUGACUUUCCUUAUUGCGAAGCAUUUGAAGACCUACUUCUUAUCAGCCAGGGAAAGAGUCCCGAUACAGAGCUUUCAGUUGGCCACAUUAACAGAACAACCACCGAAAGGCCUGAAAGUAUCAGUUCGACAGUGGAGAAUGGAUUGGACUGGAUUGAGCGACUUCAAAGACUGGGCAUACUUCAUCUGCCUAGCUCAGAGAUGACCAAGAUUUCAAGAGAGUCUCCCUCAUUUGAAGAACUCGGCGCCAGCAGUCGAGGUGCAGCUUCAUUAGGCUCCCAGAAUAAAGAGGUCAAGAAUGAUGCUGAGACCGAGGAACAAAUGUACGAGAGUUUUCUUCGAGAUGCAUCUACGACGCCUGAUCAAUUCUUCGCCACGAUUGAGUCCACCCUUACCGCGGUGGAAAAAAUGAUGAAGGGCAAAAGUGUACAAUUCGAAGAAUCUCGUAGGUCAAGUUCUUCAGGUCCACAAGAAGCCAACAACACAAGUGGCAGAUCACUUUCGGAGCCCAACGGACCAAAAAGAGAAGUUUCUUCAAGCUCAACCGUUGAACAUUUUACCAAUGAAGAUGGAAGUGUAGAAACAACAAUCCGUGUAUGGAAAAGAUUUGAUGACGGCAGUGAAACGGAAACAACGUCUAGCCAUACAGUUGACAAAGCAGGGACCCGACAAUCCGAUCUUGAUAGGUCAGAAUCUGGCUUUGAGGGUUCUCGGUCCCAUCAAAGAGUUGAGACUGAUGAUCAGGAAAUUAGGUCGCGAACUAAAAAGAACACAAAGUCCGGAUGGUUCUGGAAUUGAAUAAUUGGAUUAGCAGUGGGUACAUGGACUCGUGGGAUUACGAGAAACUUGAAUUUGAUGAUAGUUUUAAACUACUCUCGCAAGGAUUCUGAAACAUGCGAAAAAUACCCAUUGCAGAUCAAGCAAUCAGACUUUAUGUUUGUUUUUAGGGGAAUCGUAUAAGAUUUGGAUAAGUCAUGCUUUGUUUUGACUUACUCUGGGGACGACCAUCACAAGUCCGUGCACCCGCUGAUGGAUGGAUACCUAGGUAUUAUGUAUUGGGUUUGUAUGUCAUAGGUAGGGCAACUGGAGUUUAUUGAUUGGUUAAGAAUGCAAAUAUUUCGAUUUACCA